AUGCAGCGUUACUUUAAACCGGAAACAUAUAUUGGCAAGCUCGUCAUGAGCUAUCUGAAUACAUACGUGAAACUGCGGAACGAUCAGGUGGCGACUUCUCUGUGGGACGGUGAUGUAAUCUUAACUCAUUUGGAAGUUCGUUGUGAAUCCUUGGAUCAUCUCUUGCCGUACCCACUACAUUUUUGUUCUGGCCAGGUACACGAGUUGCGUAUUCACAUCCCGUGGACUAAACUGAACUCAGAGAACAUUGUGAUCACCCUAAACACAGUCGAGUGUAUUUUGGCUUUGAAAAAGUCCGUAAAGCGCGCAAACUCCGUGUCCACUUGUGAACCAUCUGUUGCGGAUUACAGUUCACCAGAUUCUGUCCGUGGUCCGGAAUUCACGGCCAACGAAGCUCCAGGCUAUUUGCAAUCCUAUCUGAAUCGAUUGAUUUCCAACGUGCGUUUCGUGGUACAAAAUCUAAAUGUGAAAUUUAUUCAAGACGAUAUUGUUUUAUCUAUGAGCAGUAAUCGGGCCGAAUUUUUCCCCACGGAUGCGGAUUGGCAACCAAAUUAUCAGUUUGAUCAGUCCAGUCACAAUUACAUGACUCAUAGAAAAUUGCAAAUAUUUGACAUCACACUGUGUUUAGAUCAUGCCGGUCCCAGUGGAUUUGUGGACGUGUAUGAGGAACCGAUUGUCUAUCGAUUUCAUCUCUCCUGUCUGAUUGAAUUGGUUUUUUCGACUGAUUCGAAAUUAUCUGCACCGACUACGGCCCUGGUAACCACUUUGGACGUGCACACGGAGAAGAUGGAGUUUCGUCUCAGUCCGGCUCAGAUACAUGCUUUGAUUCGCCUGUUGGACGUUUUUAUUGCAAUUCACACAGAGACUGUGGACUGGUCAAUGGUUGGUCCAUCCUCGAAUCGGAACACAGCCGACCAGAUAUCGGAAACUAUUACACCAGAUGUAGACUCAAAGGGAAUUGAUCAACCUGGUUUGAAUAGUGCAUACUCAUCAGAAGAGCUAGAUAACCGAGCAGACACACAAACACAAGGCUCGUGGGCAUCAUGGGUGUGGUCUUUUGUACCCAGCUUGUUGCCACCGAAUACCGAAUCGAGUGAAGACGAAGCAGACGAACCAGUUAGCCCAGAUCAAACUCGGAGUCCCAGACGGUCGGCUGCAGAACUGUUUUAUCUUGUCUAUGAAGAGGCCGAGAAACAACUCGUCUCUGGUUUUCCCCGUAUUUCGGGCUAUUUGGAUGUAAUUGAACCAGACAUUAGCUCGGUGGAAGUUGGUGGUAGCAGUACAAAUCGGUUGAUCGAAGCUAGUGAAAUAAACAGAUCAGAAGAGUACACUGCUGCUGCUAGAAAGAGACGUCGACGUAUACGAACAUUAAAGCGUCAAGUCAACGGUAGUAGUUUGUUGUUUGUCGGCGUGUUUGUUGAUCAGCUAGUGAUUCAACUGACACCCUUGAAUAGCUGUUCAGUGAACCUGUUCUCCCUUGGUUCGAAUCAAACUGACUUGGAACAGUGCAUCCUUCCCCGGUCCCGGGGUCUGUUCUUCUCCGAGCUGCACACAACCUCCCGCGUCAAUCUGACCGCUGGUGCGAUCGAUGCACUUCCGGGGCCUGUUGAGUCGUCCUCCUCGGUUGCUGAUCUACCCACCUUAGAACUAGGAGAUUAUUAUACCAAACUGAGUGACGUACGUGUGCGCAAACAUUUCCCUGCGCUUUGGCUCGAUUUUGUUUCCAUAAUGGACGUGCAGAAUCGGGACAUCAACAUUAGCGAGUGUAAGUCGUGA